AUGGACAGCGUAGAGUUUGAGCGUCUGGACAGCUUGGAAGGAUGGGUGGCCGUUAAAAGUAAUAUUUUUGAAGAACACGAGCCCUUUAAGUUGGGUUUCAUCGUUCAGUGGAACGUUAUCGAGUCGAAGUUCGCAGUAACCUGCCACAACCGGACGUUACAGCGACAGAAACGUAAGGCUGAGCUGCCCUCGGCUGGCGAAGACCCCCAGAUGAGCUGGGCAGGACUGUUCUCCGUAAACGACCUAAAACACGUCCACCAACAGUUCACAUGCGUGGCGGACGUCCUGGGGGGCUGCUUCCCGGAUUUGUCCGACUUUGAAGAAAGUAACAUUUGGGAUUUGCUGCUGUUGAAUCGGAAAUCCGGUGCAGAGGAUGACGAACGCAGAGACUUUGACGCGCCGUGCAGGAAACUGGAGAAAUACUUCAGCACAGCCAUUGACCUCUGCGGGAGAAAAAUCGUCCUGGAAACUUUAUUUACCCAGGAUGAGCGGGACGUUGAUGAGUACUUUGAAAACCUGCAGGAGUUUAAAAAGAAGAGCAUGCAGGAGGAGAUGUCAAGAGCCAAAACUCACCUGAAGGAGAUGCUGCAGAGUCACAGUUCUACUAAUGGGAUGGUAGCGCUGCUGAGUAUCUAUGAGAAGGAAGAUGAGGCCUAUCAGGAUGUGGUGACUGUUGCCACCAGCUUCUUCCAGUACCUGUUGCAGCCUUUCAGAGACAUGAGAGAACUAGCCUGCCUUUACAAGAUGGAGAUUCUGAAGUCUUUGGAAUUUGAGGAAUUGGGUCCCAAGAGAAUUACUGCACUGGAGAAGGAGGCGGAGGAGUGGAGAAUGAAAGCAGAGGAUGCAGUUGCCUCCAUUCAGAGCAUCACUGUCACCUACUUUGCACAGACUUCAAAGGCUCUGGCUGGUAUGGUCAAACAGAUGGAGGAGGAUAAGAAGCGUUUUGGACCUGCUGCCUGGGCGUCUGCAGCUCCCAGACUAGAGAAACUACGUUUCCUUUUAGCUAAAGAGACCUUGCAGCACAUGCGAGCAGCAGAGAUGUGCCUUAGCCGCAAGAAGGAUACCAUCAAACAGAGGCUGGAGAAUUUAUCAGGAAGAGUCCAGAACCAGAGAGCUGACCAGAGAUCUGCAGAUCUCGAGGACAAUCAUAAACACGACACCGUGGACCAGCUGGAGCUGCAGUUCUAUGAAACCCAACUAGAACUGUAUGAUGCCAAGUUUGAGAUCCUGAAAAAUGAGGAGCAGCUGCUAGUGGCUCAGAUAGACACUCUGCGUCGGCAGAUUAAAGAGCUGAAGGAGGAGGUGGUUUACUACGAUGUCUGUGAAGAUCCAGAGGAGCUGCAUAGCAUGGUCCACACAGCAUUUCAACAGGCUGAAACUCCACUAAUUCGUCAGCUUAGAAGACGCCUGCAGAGCCUGGAGACCAAGAGGGGAAACAUCUGUGCUCGGAGGGCUUAUCUACGCAACAAAAAGGAUCAGUGCAUGGAGGCCCAGGAGCAGAAGCAGCUAGCAGCCAAGCAGAGCUCCAUCCUUUUCAGCCAGCAUCAUCAGGUUCACCUGAAACGGGAGAAGAAGAAAGAGGAGGAGCAGAGGAGGAAGCAGUGGGUGGACGAAGAGCGGGAGAAGACCCUGAGCAGAUUACGAGCCUUUAGAGAGAAGCGUCAGGGUCAGUACAUCCUGAAGACUCCUCAGUCCAGGAGGUCUCCUUCUGAAGUGUCCUGUCCCUCCCAGCCAUUGUCUAUCAUCAGCCUCUCACCUUCUGCCUCUCCUGAAGAACCUUCCUCCAUCCGUCCGGCACCAAGGAGCAACAAAACCUCCAAAAAACAGAAGUCUAAAGAUAUCCCUGUUCAGAUAUUCUCUACACCACGUCCGCCAACAUUAACCUGUCCCACUGCACCUCCUCCUCCACCACCACCUCCACCGCCACCUCUUCCACCACCGCCGCCUCCUCCUGCUAUAGCACCUCUUCCUGUCCAAGCUGCACCUUCCCCUAAGGAUAUGCCGAUGGCUCUCAGUGAAAAAGAGGAGCCUCCAUUUCCAGCCAAGAACACGCUCAAACAGAAUAUAGGAACUAUGGAUGAAGUGUUGGCUUCCCUCCAACGCGGGCAGAUUAAACUCAGAAAGGUCCCGGAUGCCAGGACCAAUUCUGGGCAGGACGCGAGGAGCAAUCUGUUGUCCGCCAUCCGACAGGGAGUCACAUUGAAGAAGGUGGUCGCCACACGGGAAGAAGUCCAGAGCGGCACAGACAAUGACCUGGAGCGCAGCAUUAAAGCCGCCAUGAUGAGGAUGAAGAAGGUGGCAGCCGACUCAGACGAUGAGGACGAAGGUGACAACGACUCGCAGAACACAGAGUGGGACAGCUGAGACCAGAGCCUGUUGAUCCCCCCCCCCGCUCUGUUUCCUUCACAGUUAAAGCUAGAGCUUGAGUUUUCAUCCCCCCCCCCCAACCCCUAAAAAAUGCUGCUUCUUCUGACGAGGACAGGAUUACGCCUUCUUCCGACUUAAACGCUUUAGUUUGUCUGAGCUGUCAAACUCUAAUCCCGUCGGUCGUCAUAAAGUAGCACUUAAAUGUAAGAGAUCCAAAACAGCUCUGAUCCGACUAAGUAGCAAGUGACAGAAUCAGGAUUUAAUCUCCUCUGAAAACCUUUUCUGUUUUGGAGACGUCUCAAAGUGAAAGGCUAAAUGGGACGGUCUGUAUUAUAAAGCAGAGUCAGAACCAAAUCAGUUAAUGAUUGAAUCCUAGCUGCCUGAAGGCCUUCUGUUAGGCUGCUGCUCAAUGGGGGAAGCCUGUUCUGCACCAAGAAACUGAUUCCUCUCUUAUUUCAGAAUCUUAUCCUAUUGAAUGUAAUAAAGACUUCAUUUUCUUAACUUAACCCAGUGGCUGUUUGCUUUGAAAAGCAAUGAUGUUUACAGUGUAUACUGGUAAAGCCUUCAGCGUUGUUUGUACUAGAAGCUCCUGUCUUGUCAGAAAUGUAACUGGUUAGAACUUGUCUAGAAAUAAAUCAAUUUCUUUCCUCAUGUUGCCAAAAGAAAGGAAGCGAUCGACUAAGAGUGCAAGAUAACUUUAUAAUGAAUUCUGUUAAAUGAAGAAACGUCCUAUCCUCUCAGCCUUGGUCUGAAUUGAUUUCUGGUAAACAGCAUUAAAGAGUGCAGCGUGAAUAAAAAGCCUGUUAAAUGAGCUGGUAAUAACUGCACUGAAAAACAUAUAUGCACUACUGUUUUAAUAAAAAUGUAAUGAACAUAAAUCCUUGCAGA